AUGGCGUCGAAGGCUUCCCCCAAAAAGACCUCCAAAGCUCUUGGUAGGCUAAACAUCCACGGAGCAAACGUGCUCCGGCUGAGAGAGCCAGCUUCGAAAUGGGCGGAGGAGACCGAGAGCCCCGCGCUGAGGCGGGAGAAGUCGGAGGGGGCGCUCUGCUUCCGGGGGGGGCGGCGCAGCAGGCAAUCUGGGGGGGACGAUUUGCGGUCCCCCGGGGCAGAGCAAUCGGUGGGUAAACUAGACAUGCUCUGCUGGAGCAGCUUGGGAACUAAGUUCGCGAAGGAGCGGAGUCCAAACAAACCAGAGGCAUCGUUUCUGCAAGCGCUGAAGAAGGCGGGCGGGGUAAAGCAUGCCAGCCCGGUAAAGCAGCGCGCGGGGGCCGGUGGUUGUCAAAAAGGGGGGAAGGAGGAGAAGCUGAGAAGUGGCUUGAGGACGGCGGGGGGUGACCGCGUGCGAUUCGAACCGUCUGGUAGCCAGCCCCCCGUUGAGGCGGCACGGUGUGCAACCAGCCCUGCUAAGAUGGAAAGUCGAGGCGAAGGGGGAGGGGCGACAAUGCCCGAUUCACCCCCCGCCAGAGAGCCCCGGUACUGCCCCCCUACCCCGCUCAUAAGCCGGCCGACGAUGUUUUACCGGCUGGAACCCCUCCCUACUUGGCCCCAGAACUCGCCCCCCGCAAAGACACCGCUUCUAAAACCAAUCAUGCCGGAAACUUUCACGAGACGGGAGCUGAUCACGCGUCCAGUCGAAGAUAUCCCAGAACCUCCCCAGAGGACGGUUCCGAGCCUGACGCAUUUCAGCCAGCACGGCAUCCCUGACCGGCCGAAAACGGCCGUCUCCCCAGAGCAACUUGCCGCGAUGAGAAUGGCAGCUUCAGGCAGUCGACCAGGGACGAGCCUCGGCUUCAAUUCUCGCCCAGGGACAUCCCUGUCAGCAGAUGGUGUGAAUAGUCGCCCUGGAACGUCGAUGGGUUUGCAGAACCGGCCAGCAACCGCGGAGGUUUUGAUGAGGGCGCUGGAAAGGUGGGGACUGGGGGAAGGGGAAGAGGAGGAGGGUAGGGAGGGGGGUUUGGCGGCUGUUGCUGAGACCGAGGAAGGGGCUGAAGCCGGAAGCGGGGAGAGCGUUGGGGAAGAGCUGAUGUAUCUGAUGGUGGAACGAAUGGAGAAGAAUGGAGCAGAGGUGCUGAACGUCGAGCUAGAACGGCACCCUGACAAGCAAGCGAGCGGAGGAUGA